AUGGACCAAUUACUGAGACUACCAGAAGAACUGCUCUAUCUAUGGCAUACCCACCGAGCGGAAGUGCUCCUCUCGGCCGGGAUACUCUUCGCCAUCGUGCGACUGGCUUUGCAUUGGCGAAGUCGUCGAACCAAGGAGAUCCUUACCCCUCCCCUGUCACCCGUUCAUGUGAAGGUCUCUCCAUUACUAUCUCCAAAGGAUGCCUCGACUCCCGUCCCCGACACCAAACCUUCUCCACCCCCAAAGGGAUCCAAGCCAGGCCCCAAGCGUGUGACGGGGAGCAAGAAGACGAAGAGCAGGAUCUCUCCCAAAGCCGACCCGGCCAAGGCGCAGACGAUCCGCCCCAUCAUCUUCUACUUCACCGUCGGCGGGUCGACAAAGGUAUAUGCCGAGAAGCUAGCCGAGAGUCUCCGAUCAUCCGCCAAUCGUUCCGUAUUGAGUCCGCACAUCCACGACCUGACCGACAUCGACUACGAGGACUUCUUCACGACUCCCAUCAGGCCGACACCGAUAUACUCAGUCCCCUUCUACCUCCUCGUCCUCCCCACCUACAACAUCGACACCGAGCUCGAUACUUUUCUUUCUCAUCUGCAGGAAACUCACCAUGAUUUCCGGAUAGAUACUUCGCCACUGUCGGGCUUGGCGGGGUAUAGUGUCUUUGGACUAGGCGACCAGCAAGAAUGGCCGACAGAGCAAGAAGGGUUUUGUACGCAAGCUAUUGAGGUAGACAAGUGGAUGGCGAGGUUGACGGGACGAAAGAGGGGGUUCCCACUAGGUCUGAGUAAUACUAGGGGGAAUGUUGAAGAGGAUAUGUGGUCGUGGGGGAAGGGUGUGAGAGCUGUCAUGGAGGAUGUAGCUAUUGGGCGAGGCCUGGGCGAAGGCGUGCGAGGGAGUGGCGAUGCGGUAGAAAGUGCCGAUGAAGCCGAGGACGAAGACGACGAAGAGGAAUCGGAUACCCGCCCGCGAAAACUAACCACCCGACAAAACCAAACCUCCGACCUCGAAGACAUGAAAGUGCCCAUUCCCGUCGACUUCACCACCGCCAGCCCCAAUAAACCCACCAUCUCAACCCAACCAAAACCCAUGGUCCCCCUCAACUCCCCCACCCACACAACCCUAACAAAACAAGGCUACACAAUAAUCGGCACGCACAGCGGAGUGAAAAUCUGCCGAUGGACCAAAUCCGCCCUGCGCGGUCGAGGCUCCUGCUACAAAUUCAGUUUCUACGGCAUCGCCUCGCACCUCUGCAUGGAAGCCACCCCGUCCCUAUCCUGCAGCAACAAAUGCGUGUUUUGUUGGCGGCAUGGCACGAAUCCCGUGGGGACGACGUGGCGGUGGGAGGUGGAUGAGCCUGGGUUGGUUUUCAGGGGCAUGAAGGAGGGGCAUUAUAGGAAGAUUGGCAUGAUGAGGGGGGUUCCCGGGGUGAGGGCGGAGCGGUUCGGGGAGGCGAUGCGGAUCCGACAUUGUGCGCUUAGUUUGGUUGGCGAACCGAUUUUUUAUCCGCAUAUUAAUGCGUUGUUGGGUAUGUUGCAUAAGGAACACAUUUCGAGUUUCUUGGUGUGUAACGCGCAACAUCCCGAUCAACUCGCCGCUCUGGGACCAGUAACACAAUUGUACGUCUCCAUCGACGCCUCGAAUAAGGAGUCCCUGCGCCGCAUCGACAGGCCAUUGUAUCGCGAUUUCUGGGAACGGUUCCAGCGGUGCAUGGAUAUCCUGCGCGCUAAACGCUUCACCCAUCGGACGGUGUUCCGACUCACGCUCGUCAAGGGGUUUAAUCUCGAGGAAGAAGCGGAGGGGUAUGCGGAUUUGGUGGAGAAGGCUUUACCGGGGUUCGUGGAGGUGAAGGGGGUUACGUAUUGUGGGACUUCUACCGCUGCGGGGGCGGGACUGACGAUGCAGAAUGUGCCGUUUUAUCAGGAGGUUUGUGGGUUUGUUUUGGCGCUUGCGAGGGCGUUGGAGAGGAGGGGACUGGAUUAUGGGAUCGCGGCGGAGCAUGCGCAUAGUUGUUGUAUUUUACUUGCGGAUCGGGGGCGAUUCUUCAAGGUGCCUGCUAAGCCGUCGGUCUCGACGCAGGCGUUGGAUGGUAAAGGGGAGGUGAAGGUGGUGGAGGGGGAGAAGAAAUGGCAUACCCUCAUCGACUACCCGGCUUUCUUCCGCUGUCUGGAGAGUGGGCGGCCUUUUGGCCCGGAGGAUUAUGUGGGUGAGCCGACGCCGGAGUGGGCGCUUUGGGGACGGGGAGGGUUUGAUCCGAGGGAUGUGAGGGUGGAUAGGAAGGGGAGACCUAGGGAGGCGGUCGUUUCGGGGAAGGUGGAGGAGAUGGGAGAGUAA